AUGUUCACUGGACAGGCUGGCGCUAAUGAUUCGCGGCGAUACGCGUCUUCACACAGGAGGGCUGCCAGUCGUGCAAGCUCAGCGGCGGCCCAUUCGAGAGGAACAACGCCUGCAGCAUCACAGGAGAGGAGCCCCAGCUAUCCCCCAGAAUUCAGCCAGGAUGUAUCUGCUCUCAGCGCCAGCAGCGCAAGGUACAAUCGCAGUAGCCGUACGUCUCGACGAGUGGGCAGUGUCGCACCGAGCACAAGCCGCAAAGCGCCUUCUGUGUUCUCUGAGGCGCCAUCAACUGCCCGCGCUGGACCAUCUGCGAGAGCGUUGCAAGAGUCAGACGAGAGGACACUUGUCAAAGAUGAGGCAUACAGCGCAUACUUGUACAGUCAGUUUCCGCGGGAAGUCCAGCAAGUUCUCGCCCCGGCAGAUCUACAGCUCGAGGGCUUUCGUGGCAAAGUGGACGACGUGACGGGCUAUGCCUAUCUGCUCUCGCGAGACUACGUCUUUGUGUGGCACUACGCACAACGUGACUAUAACCUCCUGCCGACCUGCUAUGUCUUUCCUCAGCCGCAGACAGAAUCUCGAGACGCGCUCAAAGAAAUGCUCGUGCCGCUCGCGCAAGCCGAACUAGUACCACGAGGUGCAAACCCUUCAGAGCAAGAGCCUGGCUUGUUGCUCGUCACAUCCAACGGCGCUGUUGCCUUCUGGACGUCAGUCAGUAUGGCCAUGGGCAACCUGGACCGCUCCCAAAGCACGCAGCUGUCCAUCAGGCAGAGCGCGAACGAGCACGUGCAAGUAUUGAGGAGGAUCAGACCUGAUCUAUACGUUGUUGCUACUUCUCAAGGCCGCCUCUUCCGAUUGGAUUUGGCAUCACGCAACGGGAGAGCGACGAUCGAAGCCUCAGAGUUUGCAAGUGGCCGCGGCUUGCUUGCUCGAUACUGGUCUCGCACACCUGCUUCUCAAGCGGGUGAAGGCGGCAUCACCGCUGUCGCGCUCGAUACCUCGAUCUCAUCUGGCCAACAAGAUCACCGCACACUCUUUGCGCUGACCGAACGCGGUCUGCAGAUCUGGCAGCUAGGCUACAACGGUAACGAGCAAUUUGUGACUGAAGUCGACCUCUGCGAGCAUCUCGAGCAGCAAAGUGUUGCUUCAGAUCAUUCAUCUUUAUCAACUCAGUUGCGCCUGCUUGAUAUUGCCAUGACAAAUCAAUCAUCCCUCGCGGUACUCUUCAGCCGGCAAGGCAACAGGACACAGAACGCCGCACCAAUAUACUCAGUCGGAAUCUUCGAGUAUCAGCCGUCGACUCAGACAGUCUCUGUUACUUUCGUACGUACUUUUGAUGGCUUACCUUCCGAUGUCGAGCGCCCGCAUACUCGUCCGCGUCUUGUCACGAGCUCGACGGCCGAUGCAGCAUGUCUCGUCUUACCCUCAUCUGUCAGCAUACUCUCGCUCGCCGUGGGCUCAGACUUUGUCGAGACCCUUGACCUCAAAGAUCCUGUAGACAACCUGUUCAUCGCAGUCGACGCUCACUCGUCAAGUCAGCGCAAGAGCGGCGUAGCAGCCACUGCCGUCAUGAUCGCUCGCAACGGCAUCGUCCUCAUUGAAAGUACGCCUGCCGUCAUGGAGGGACAAGCCCUCGCUGUAGAUGUCGAACGAGAAUCCAAGGCGACCGGCUACAUUGUCAAGCGGUUGCGCCAGGCUGUAUUCUAUGGCGAGCGUGAAAGCAAUCCACUAGCGUUCGGAUUGCCCAUUGACGUGCCGGGCGAUCUUUCGACCGCUGUCAGUACGAUCAGCAGAGAGAUCGUAGACUCCUCUUCACCCUUCUUGCGGCCCAUCCUCGAUGUCCGCGUGCAAAUAGGCGACAGACAAGCAAAGCAUCGCGCGCUCAUCGAGGAGCUUUUGCGCAACCAUCUCGUCACCCGUCUCACGCUCAACGAUCGCGUCCUGCUCUCGAAUGAUGCCGAACGCCUAGCAGCUGGCGCUGCUCUUUGGCAGCACUUCAAUUCGGGUCGUACAAAUUCGGCCGAUGUCACCAUGCUGACAGAAGCAGUGCUGUCGUUUAUGCACGAUGCGAGACUUGGCGCGGGUGAAGACGCUAUUCGCCUCUUCUUUCGCACAAAGAUAGAUGGUCUCGGGGCCGUUGCCGAGCAUGUUGCAGACAUGGCGGCACGCACGGAGACUCACAGCCUCACCCGGCAAUGCCAACUGCAGACCGACGCCAACGCCAUUUUCUCGGCAAUCUAUCGCACUGCAGCGAAGCAUCGUAAAGAUACUGUAAAGGUCUUUCAACUGACGCCCGCCUCAUCGAUCACCAUAGAGCCUUGGUUGAGUAGUCCGGCGUUGCUUGCGAGCCUCGUCAAACUCUUCGAGCUGACGGAAGAGCUCUUACGCCUGCUCGACAAAGAACUCAAGCAAGCCGGCUCCAAUCGUACGCAGUACGGCAUGCGGGGACUCGACGUCUCGGAUGCUCAGGACGACCUGUCCACACUGCAGCUCGGACUCUGCAAGGCACUUACUGAUCUGGGUGACUACGUACUCAGCGUGUACGAAGAGCGCCUCAUCUGGCUCAAGACCGAUAGCCGGCAUAGCUCAGAGCUGCGUGCGACUCGCGAACGCUACUUGCAGUUGCGACAACGCGUAGUACAUGGCCUCGUGCUACACGAUCUUAUUGAGCCUGCUUAUGCUCUUGCCGAGCGUAGCAAGGAUUAUCGAUCUCUCGUCGAGCUAUCAACGAGCGCGGCAACGGGCAAUCAGCAGCGAAUAAAGGAGUAUAUGUCGGUCUACAAGGAUGACUUUGCCUUCGAGCUCUAUCAGUACUACAUCCAGCAAAAGCUUUUCCGCGCGCUGCUCGAGCAGGAUGCGAGCUAUUCUCAGUCUCUCAGCCGCUUCUUAUCGUCCACAGCUCACCCUAAGCUGGCUUGGUUGCAUCAUGUCUCGCUCGGACAGUACACGCAAGUGUCGACGACGCUCUAUCAGGAAUCGAGGCGCAGCUCUUUGUUGGCGGAAGAAAAAGUGAUGCUGAGUAUCUGCAAGCUAGCCCAAGUUGCGCAGUCCUCCCUGGCAGAGCUCAGCUCAGAUGCCGGUCAACGAGCGCUAGAGGUCGUCGAUGAUAAGCUGGAUAUCAUCGAAGCACAGCGUCGAAUGCAAGAGAGGUACCGCGAGCUGCUCAGUCUGCAGGAAUCGCAGCGACCCGUCGACGAUCGGGCAGCAGUCAUAGCGAACAAGCAAACGGCCGCCUAUCGCGAUCUUGGAGCCCUGUUUGAGCUCUUCCGAUCGCAUGUGACAAAAUUGUUGCAGGGGCAUGUACUGGGUACUGAGGCGCUUGUCGACAUCAUGACGCUGGAUGCAUCAACAGACACCGGCAAUUUCAACAGUGCACUCGGCAUCAUCGCUCGUGACAAAGAUUUACCGCCUCAGCGACGAGAUAGCCUCGUCAAGACGCUCUGGCGACGCGCUUACAUCAAAGACGAUUGGGAAGCAUUGCAAAGCACACAAGAUCUAUCGGACGACCAGAUCAGUCAAAUCUUGCAGGGCACGGCCAUGUUCAAGAGUCUUCUGUCAGCACGCGAGCAAGGUCUAGAUGACAGCUUCGUCGCCAGCCCGUCGGACGCCGUCUCUACUAUCGACAGGGACCAGCUAGCUGCGCGCUUCACCGAGCUUGGCGAGCCGCAGCUAGAGCGACUUGCCGCAGAUUUGCAAGCCGAGAACGAUAUGCUCCUCUCGACCAUGGAGGACUACCGUCUGGACCACUACUAUAGCGAAGCUUUGCGUCUGCUCUCUCGUGAGGAGGACACUCGCAUCAUGGAAGCUGACACGAGCUUGUUGAGCCAAGAUGCAUCCUAG